AGGGCCCACCCGGCAUGGCCGUGUUCGACACCCCGCAGGCCGCCUUCGGGGCUCUGCGCCCCGCUUGCGUGCAGCUGACGCGGGCGCAGACGGUGGAGAACGUGCGGCAGCUGCAGGCGCACCUGGCCGCGGUGAGCGGCGCGGCCCUGCAGGAGCUGCAGGAGUACGUGCUGUUCCCGCUGCGCUUCGCCCUGCGGGUGCCGGGCCCCAAGCAGGAGCGGCUGGUGCAGAGCCUGGUGCAGUGCAUCUCCUCCGUGCUCGCGGCGACGUGCGUGAGGAAGCGGGAGCUGCUGCAGGAGCUCUUCUCCGAGCUCUGCACCUGCCUGGCUCCCCCGCCCAGCUCGGGCAAGCCCGCCCCGCUGUCCGAGGAGCUGAAGCUGGCCGUGAUCCAGGCGCUCCACACGCUGAUGCAUUCGGCUUAUGGGGAUGUUGUCUUGUCCCUGUACCAACCCUCCACCCUCCCGCUCUUGGGAUUUGCAGUGUCUUUGCUUCUGGGCCUUGCAGAGCAAGAAAAAGCAAAGCAAAUCAAGAUCUCUGCUUUGGAGUGCUUACAGGUCCUGGUUCUGCAGUGUGACUGCCAGGAGCACCGACACCUGGAUGAAGAGGAGGCACAGCAAUGUGGGGAUUUGUUUGCUUCUUUUCUGCCUGGGAUUUCCAUUACGCUGUCUCGGGUUAUUACUGGAGACAUCAAACAAGGUCACAAAACCACCGUUUCUGCCAUCAGACUCUUCUAUCUGAUUGUUGGCUGGGUAAUGUCCGAUGCACAGCUAGCCAGAAUCCCAAAGAGUAAGGAAAAGCUGCCAGUGGAACAAAGCAGAGUAUCAGAGCUAAUGGUCCACAGAGGACCUGACUGGAGUAAAAGUACUGCUCAAAAACUCUCUCUCCUCCUGCAUAAAGUGGUUGAAUCUUCUUCAGUUCACCCUCACUGGAAGGUGAGACUGGAGCUGGUGGAACUGGUCUACCACUUACUGAGUAACUGCAGUCAGUCACUGGUGGACUCAUUCAGUCACCUCUUAAAGGCCUUGGUUGGGCUGGUUAACGAUGAAAACAGCGAAGUCCAGAGCAGGUGUAACGAGGUUCUGCGAGGCAUCGCAGAGCAGAGGAUCGUGGUGCAGAACAGGGCUCUUGCUGACGUCCUCUCCGAGAACCUCCAUUCCCUGGCCACAGCCCUUCCUCGCCUGAUGAACUCCCAGGAUGACACGGGCAAGGUCUCCACACUGAGCUUGUUGCUGGGCUACCUGAAGCUGCUGGGCCCCAAGAUCAACAUCGUCCUCAACUCCGCGUCCCACCUGCAGCGUCUGUCCAAGGCGCUGGUGCAGGUCCUGGAGCUGGAUGUGACGGAUGUGAAGAUCGUGGAGGAGCGGCGCUGGGGGCCGCCGGGCUCCUGGCAGCAGGGUGUGCAGAGGGGCAGGCACCAGAAGAAAUACUUCCGCUUCUUCACGGAGGAGAGAGUUUUCCAGCUCCUUCAGCAAGUGUGCCGUGUUCUUGGCUACUAUGGGAACCUCUACUUGCUGGUGGAUCACUUCAUGGGGCUGUACAGUGAGUCUGUCCUGUACCGAAAGCAGGCAGCCAUGGUCCUCAACGAGCUGGUCAUGGGAGCUGCCGGGCUGGGAGUGGAUGUCCUGCAGGAGAGGGAAGUCCCACCGAGCAUGGAUGAUCUCAAAGGGUCCAUAACGUCCAUUCUGGAUGAGUACACUGACCAGGUGAACUGGUAUUUGAUCACCAGCAUUGACACAGAAGAAGCCAGCCCUGAGCACUCUGUGCAGCACUCAGGACUCGCUGCCCGUCCGGGAGGUCCGUGCAGCACCGUCCUCCUUCCAUGCCCAGAGCCCCAGGUCACGACCCGCUCCAUGAACAGCAACAUCUGGCAGAUCUGCAUCCAGUUGGAGGGCGUUGGCUGCUUUGCUGCCGUCCUUGGGAAGGAAUUCCGGCUGCUGCUGCUGUCAGCUCUGUACCCUGUGCUGGAAAAGGCUGGAGACAGGACUCUGCUCAUCAGUGAGACGGCACUGGGGACACUGGCAGACAUAUGCGAGGCCUGCAGUUAUGACUCGGUGCAGUGUUUGAUUAAUGAGAAUUCUGACUAUCUGGUGAACGGGAUUUCCCUGAAUUUGCGCCAGCUGGCACAUCAGUCACAUGCUUCCCAGGUCCUGGACACAAUGCUGAGACAUUCAGAUGCAAGCCUGCUGCCACUGGUAGAAGACAUUAUCCAGGAUGUCCUGUCUGCACUAGAUCAGUCUUACAACAACCAGGCUUCCACUUUCCUCAGGGUCCUCCACUCAGUCAUGACAGCUCUAGUCCGGUGGUUUGGAAUGUGCAGCACUGAGGAACACCAGCAAAGGCAGACUGACAAGGGGCAGAGCAGGACUCAGUCCCAGAGGCAGCACGAGGUGACAAUGACAAGGCAAGAAGUGGAACAAUUCUUCCUUGACUACGUGAGCCAGAAGCAGAUCGCAGAGGGUGAUGUUCCUGACACGGGGGAGGAGGAAGCAGAUGAGGUUCCCCCUCUUGCUAAGGCAGAGCCCAACAACUGUGACACUGACGGAGAAGCUCCACUGCCGAUCCACGCUCAGCUGGCCAGGGAUGUGAUGGAGAGGUGCAUCCACUUGCUGUCUGAUGGGAGCCUCCGAGUGCGGCUGAAGGUCCUGGACGUGCUGGAGCUCUGUGUAACUGUGCUGCAUCCUCAUGGAAACCAUCUGCUUCCCAUGGCUCACCGUGUCUGGCCAGCUCUCGUCACCCGGCUGAUUAAUGAUGACCCUCUGGCAGUGCUCAGAGCCUUCAAGGUGCUGUGUACCUUGGCUCAGACAUGUGGGGACUUCCUGAGGCAGAGGUUUUCCAAAGACGUCCUGCCCAAGCUGACCAGUUCCCUCUUCAGCCAGGCCCCAGCAAGUGCCAGAGCCGGGCCCGUGUACAGCCACACACUCGCCUUCAAGCUGCAGCUGGCUGUGCUGCAGGGCCUGGGCUCUCUCUGCGAGAGGCUGGACAUGGGCGAGAGUGACCUGAAUAAAGUGGCAGAUGCCUGCCUGAUUUACCUCAGCGCCAAGCAACCCGUGAAACUGCAGGAAGCUGCCCAGAGCGUUUUCCUGCACCUGAUGCAGGUGGACCCUGACAGCACGUGGCUGCUCCUGAACGAGGUGUGCUGCCCCGGGCCCUGCGAGCCCCCCCACGCCAGCCUGCGGCCGGUGACGCUCGGCGGGAUGGGGCGGCCGCGGAACGAGCUCACCGACAACGUGCUGCUCCUGCUGCAGAGGCUGCAGCAGCAGGAGAGCACAGGGCCAGGGGCCAGCACACGGGAGGCAUCUCCCCCCUGACAGACCCACACGGCAGCCGGGAGGGGAAAGAGGAACCACCAGGACACGGCUCACCUGGGAAAAUGCCGUCAUUGAGGCCCCAAGUCUUUCAGGAGCAGAGGAAGGGCUGCCCAGUCCAGGGCACUGGCUGAGACACCUCAUGGCAGAAGGUUUGGUUUUUGAAGCACUGUUUGAGGAUGAGGGGAGUUCAUGACCCUGACUUCUCCUGACUUGUACCUCUCCAGCACCAUGUGCAGAGAAAACAGCACAUCUGUUUCAAAUUCUUCAGUAUGAAGAGUGAGUCAUCUUCCAGAAAUUACUUCCCAAUCCUUGAUCCUUAGGGGGUGCCACUUCAGCACCCCUCACACCCCUCUGACCUCCUCCCAGCUGUGAUGAUCCUUCCCAUUCUCAGCUGGACAGCAACUGCCAGGUCAAAGCAAAAGCUUUUUCUUGCCUUAACCCUUUCCAAGAAGAGAAUGUGGUUUGGGGUGCACUAAAAACCUGUUCUUUUUGAAACCAGUUAGUCUCAUACAAAGUUAAAGUGCAUUUCCAAUAAAUUUCUCACCGGUGUUACUGGCAAGAACAGCGUGUCCUCUCGGAAGCAUCAGGGCUGCUCCUCACAGCUGCGGUUUGCUGAGACCGGCUGGAGACCGCUGAACGUGCUCUGCUCCCCGUCUCACCAUCUGUGAGGUUCUGUAGAGAAUCAGCCAGCCCUCAUUUACACCUGGGAGUGAUUUACGAUUUCUCCUGUGCCCAGGUCACCUGGUUCUCUCAGGCCAUUUCAAACCCCCCCCCCAAGGAGAAUUAGGUGAAAUAUCUACCUGUUCACAGGCACUGGUCUGCUUGGCUGCUCACAAACCUCACCGACUCCUGGAUCCCUCAGCUUCACCCAAGUGGCUCCUGGCAGCAGGCAGCCUCCUAACACAUGAAGUUCUAUGCAAGGGAAGCAAAAGGAUAGAUCUUGACUGCAAAUUUGGGAGCAAGCUCAGAAACAAACAAAAAACCCAAAGCAAUAAAUGGAUUGUUACAUGGA